GAUCCAACACUUCCUCGCACAACGACUCGCCACUAAACGGAGGUGGCCUAUCAAAUGAUAAUAGCAUAUCAUCAAACGAAGGGGCCUGGACAGCCGUGCGACGUUCUGCGCAGAUAAAUUUGACAUUCGAAAAGAAAAAAAAACUUGAAACUCUUUGUGUGAAAACGUAUUCCGCGAUCCGAGAGUGCAUUUCGCUAUAAAAUAUAAUGGUUGAUUUUUCCGCUGUUCCACGUAAAAGUGCUUUUAGAGGGAACAUUACGUAAUGUUGUACGGAGGGAUAUGAUAGGUGCAAGUGAUAGAAACUGCUUGACAGUGAUACUGGGCGUAUACAGUGAAUUUUUAACUGAUAUUUCUGUGUGGGCAGUGUGUUUUAGUGUUAUUGGAAAGAAACUGUGACAGUUUUUGGACGUUUGGAAGAAGGGACGGGCCACGGACGACUCCGGUGAACAUGACCUAGUGCCCCAUGACAUCGGCACACCCCUCGCCCCCACACCAUAAUUGCUCGCCGACCUGACACGCACACAGACACACAAUUUAUAAAGAAUGUUGCCGCGUUGGUUGCUGGUGUGCUGCGUGGUGCUGUGCGCUCGGCCGGCGCACCCGCAGGGCGCGCAGCAGUGCCCCGCGCCCAACACCAUCACACCCUGCAGCUGUACCGUCAAGAAGAACGGCCUCGACAUACUCUGCGAGUUCACUGAACAACAACAUAUACAGAAGGCAAUGAAUACACUCCGUUCCAAGCCUAUGAUAAUCUUCUACCUGAAGCUACGACAUAACAACUUGGCAAAGCUGCCUUCCUAUAUAUUCCUGGGGCUGGACAUCCGUCACCUGACCGUGCACAACAGCAGCCUGGCUGUCAUAGAAGACUCUUCAUUGAGUUCUAUCGGUAACAAGUUAACACAACUUGACGUGUCUCAGAACAGCCUGGCAACGAUACCAACCUCCUCGUUCACGCAUCUCAACCAUCUGCUUAUACUCAAUAUGAACCAUAAUAAGGUGACUGCUGUGCACAAUAGGGCAUUCAUGGGCUUGGAUACAUUGGAGAUUCUAACUCUGUAUGAGAAUCGGAUAUCUGUAGUGGACGGCGAGGCUUUCAAAGGACUCGAGAAAAAGCUGAAAAGGCUAAACCUUGGCGGCAACGAUUUGACAGCGGUGCCACAGAAAGCGCUCGCUCUUUUAGAAAAUUUGAAAAAGCUUGAAAUGCAAGAGAAUCGCAUUGCUACCAUUACCGAAGGAGAUUUUGCAGGUCUACGCAGUCUAGAUUCCCUAGGCUUGGCUCACAACCAGCUCCGCGAAGUACCCGCCCAGGUAUUCUCGCAUUUGACGUUCCUCAACUCAUUGGAGCUGGAAGGCAAUUUGAUCCAAAGGAUUGAUGAAAAAGCCUUUGCUGGUCUUGAAGAGAACCUGCAGUACCUUCGUUUGGGAGACAAUCGUCUGCAUGAGAUACCUUCGGAAGCCCUUCGUCCCCUGCACCGUCUCCGACACCUGGACCUUCGUUCUAACAACAUCACCUACAUUAGUGAGGAUGCCUUCACUGGCUACGGAGACUCCAUCACCUUCCUCAACCUGCAGAAAAAUAUGAUCCACCAACUGCCGACUAUGGGCUUCGACAACCUGAAUUCCCUGGAGACUCUGAAUCUACAGAACAACAAGCUGCAACAUAUUCCCGAGGAAAUUAUGGAGCCGAUCUUAGAUACGCUUCGAGUUGUUGAUAUUAUGGAUAACCCACUGAUUUGCGACUGUGAGUUGGCGUGGUACGAGGCCUGGCUCGCAGGCCUUCGAGACAGAGACGACGAAAUGAUGCAGAAGAAGAGGACUGUCUGCACGAUGGUGAACGAGCACCGUGAGUACAGCGUCGCCAAGAUGCCGCUUGAGAAGAUGAACUGUAAACGAAAACCAGCGUACGGACGCACGUCUGCGGCGCCCGUCCGCGCUGACGUCUGCUUCGCGACUAAAGUCCUCUUUGUCGUCGCAGCCAGGUGGCUCUAGAAUAAUCAUAAACAUACAUUUUUAAUGAGUUAACCCUAAUUUAAUUUUCGCGAAGGGUCACCCUCGGGCCAGCUGUGGCCGGAUGGCUCGACGCGUGUCUCUUCGCAGCGUUCGUAUUUUCCGUUCAAAACUUGUAACGUGAUGAAUUUGUGCAAUAAACUACGAUACAUAUCAAUUUUGGGCUGAUAAACAAAAUUAGUAAUAUAUUAUGGAGCGGUAGCUUGGUAAGUGAAGAUGGACGUUUUUCAAGGAUGGUAAGUUAGUGGUACAGUAUUUUUACAUUGUAGUAAAACCUCUUACGGUAUGCCUUACUAAUAGUAAUGUACCAGAAUGUAGGAAACUACACGUAACACCAGGCAUCUCUAGCUAGUAGGUAUCACUGAAGGUGUGUUUCAUAUCUUUAUGGUCGUAGCAUGCCCUUAGCAUGAAGAAAACUUAAAUAAAAAUAUAAAAUUUCAAAAUGAAUGUGAUUUCACAAUGAGCUAGAACUUUUACACAAUCUUUAGCAAUGAACGUUUUCAUUUUAAAUUUUACAAUUCCCUAUGAAUUUGAAGGAAAAUUUUAAUAUUUUUUAUCGUUUACCCCUGCCUUACGAUGUAACCUAUUAGUAAGCUUUUAUGUAUUUACAAUGUUGACUAUUACGAUAUUAAUAUUCUAUGAUACGUGUAAGAGGGCUCGAGGUACGAGUAUUGUACCUCACGGUACGUGUAUUUACCUCUAAUUAUAUAGCCACACAAUGAUUGUCUGUUGGUCUACUCAAUACAUGUACGCUGUGUAUCGUUUACAGGCUUGUGUUCGCUUUGGAGAUGGUACGAAUAUGUAAUCUUCAUCAUUAUAUUACGUAGUUAGAGCCCAUAAAAUAAAUGUUCUAUUUGAUGUAGAAUUUAGUAUUAAUUAGAUAAAUAAGUGUUAGAUGAGAUUCGAUUUAAAUCAACGCUGUUUAUAGUUUGAGAAUUUGUAGCAUUUAACCGAUCCGGUUUGGUUCGUAGUAUUAGUAUUAUUUUUAAUGUUUUAUUUUAUAAGUUCUAUUUUAAUAAGUUAUAUUUAUUUUUUGACUUAGAAGUUUAAGUUUUUACGUGUAAAGACAUAGUUUCUUUUUUAAUUUUAAUAGAUUUUAUGUUCAGUUAAUACUCGAUGUUAAAGUUUAACAUUAGUCUAGUGGAGUAAUAAAUGUGACUUUGAACAUAUUUCCUUUGCUUUGUAGUCACCUUACCUAGCACCAAAAUGAAAGAGGGAAUACUGUUCUGAGCCCUGUGAUCAAUAUAAAAUAUAUGACGUGUAUUUAAAUCAUUAUCAAGUGAUAAAAUUGUAACCAAAAACAUAUCCUUUAGUCUGAAUUACUAAUUAUAAGAGUGUUUAUGAUAUACAAUGUUUAAAAAUCGAAUAUAUUUGUAGUAGAAGGCGUGGACCUAAACUAUUAAUGAACAAAAGUUUGACACACUACAAGAAUACGAAAUAUGCUAUAUCUACACAUAGAUGGCGUUAUUACAAAAUACAUUUGGAGAUUCCUAUUUCUAGCAGAUUAGAGUCGAGUUUCGUAUUUUUGUAGUUGGGACGGAAAGUUGAAUCGUGUUUUGAAACUAUUUUGCGAACGAAAAUAUGAAGUUAAACCCGUUUGCAAUAUAAAGUAACGCAUGGUACACUUCAGAAUGUAUUGGUUCAAGCAACAAAUUCUUUAAGUAAACUGGAUAUUGGUGAAGAAAAUAACAUAAAAACAAAGAUCGAUGUGAUAAUAUCCAGGGGUUUGCGAUGUCUAUGGAUGACCAAAUAUUUAAGUUCUCCCACAGGUUAUGAAAUAUUUUGACUCAUACCCUUCGUGUUUUUAAUCGUUAAGUGUUUAAAAUGUGUUAAUGAUGUAAGGCGCGAGAUUGGGUACUCUUGUACACAAUUUACAUGUAAUUGACACAUUUUGAUAGAAAUCAAUAAUAUUGGUGUUGUUACGUAGUGUUGAUGUUGAAGCUUCAAUGUUUAUGUCAUACACUAUUCACACAUAUAGCGGUUCGUGCACUUUAUAUACAAAUAUAGCACUUAUCUACUCGUAUUUAUGGAUCAGAGUCGAAGGAACCUGACUAUAUUUAAGGAAUUUCAUGAACCGUCUCAUGUUUAAUCGGUAUAUUAUAAAUUUUUGAUGUUAUAAAUGUCGUGUUGCACUGUUUUCAAAUAUUCUAUUGUCUUUACGCUUAUUCUAUGAUCCGACGCAAGUUAAAUGUUAAGCUUAAUUCAUACUUUGGAUCAAUUUUAUGGAAACCUUUUAAAUUAUUUCAAUACAAAUCAAAUCGAUGAUACUAAAUUGUGUCACAGGAAUUUAGCACUUAAUGUUAUUGACACUUAAAAAUCUCUUGUGAUUUUUAUCAGUGCAGUAAACUAUGUUUGCAAUAUCUAUGAAAAUCGUGCACAUAUAAUAAGAAAGGCAAAUAAAAUUGUUCCAAAGUAAUAUUUAUAUUAUAUACUAUACUUUAAUCGUAUUAUUCUAAAUCUAAAUACUCGCUAUAAUUUUGAUGUUCUUCAUAAUUAUAAUUAUUGUUAAAUUAGCAUCUAAAUUAAUUGAAAUCGUAUAUCGUCUGGAAAUUAUUCACUGGGGAAUAUAUUAUUAUGUUUUUCGGCUUACUGACGUAAUUAUUUGACGAGUAAUAGCGCGAUAGUCACGGAAAGCUGCUCAUGAAUAUGAGUCUCUUGCAUGACUUGAAAUUAGUCGAGUUCCUCGUCAAACAAUUACGUAAGUAAGCCGAAAAACAUAAUAAUUAUUUUAGUAUGUAUCACGAAAGUUAUAAUAUAAACACUUGGAAAUUACUUAAAAGUUUACUAUGACUCUGUCAUAUAUUUAAAAUAAUUAUAUUCACAAUAUUAUAAUGGAUUUAAAUAAAAAAAGAACCAGCAUAAGACAUAUCGUGGAAGUGGGGGCGAAAUAUACAAUUUGGGCACCACUAACCUUGCAUAUCAAUAGGUAUAUAGAGUUAAGUCAAUGUAAUUUUUUAAUAUAUAUAUCCACUGUUACAUAUAUUAUGUGUGUUGUUUAUAUAAACGUAUAUUCAUUGUUAAUAUUUCACUGUUGUAUGGAUGAAUAUCGCUUGUACUAUACCUAUGUACCUUAGUAUGUAAGUUCAAUUUAAUAUUGAUAUUAAAACUGUUGGUAUUUUGUUCAGCAAUAAUAUAACCGAUAUAUAUGAAUACUCAUAUAUCUGUUACCAGUAAGAUACGUUGUUAAAUUCCAUGUUACCCCAGUCUAUACCUUGUCGUUGAUAGUCACAUUUAUUAUUUAAAUAAAAUUAAAUAUAAAUGGAAUGGUAGAUAAUUUAAAUCUAAUAUUGAAAAUUUGCUGUAAAGGUGUAUUUAUUUAAUUUCGGUUUAAAUAAAAAUUUAACUAUGAA